AUGGAUGCGUUGUGGAAUCUCGAGAACUCGCAGAAGAAGCAGAGAACGCUGAAGAAGUAUGACUUGAAAGGAAAUGAUACCAAAAAUUUGCAAAAUCUACAGCUUCUCUUGAGUUGUUUUCCGAAAGGAGACGUCACUCUGCAAUGGGUACAAAGUCACGUUGGGGAUUGUGGAAACAAUAAGGCAGAUGAAUUAGCUCGAGACGCGAUCAAGCUUCUCAAGGGUCCAAAGGAUCCAAAGGGGCACCCCAAUGAGCCAAAGAAAAUUAAACCCUGGAAGCUAGCGGACCAUCAAAUUACCUUUGGUAACGACGAAGAAUCCCCAUUCGAGCCGCAAGAAAUUCAAUACGACAAGGACGCACCAAUCGCAGAGCCUCUGAACCAGAAAAAGCAAAACCUUUUGAUGGACAUUGUACGCGAGAUUAAUAAAGACUGGGAUAUGCAA